CACGUCUGCACGCGUGCUCUACACUUCUUCGAGUCUCUACUGCUGUGUGUGUGCGUGUGUGUGAGUGCGUGUGUGACGCGUGUGUCGCAACAAACUUAAAGUUGAGGCAAUAGACAAAGUCAAGAUGCCAGAUACCCUAGCUAACAGCUGCCAACCGGGAAUUGAUACGCAACGCAAAUAGAACAAAACUUAUUUCCGUCACAUGCUGCCCCCAGGUGAUCUCCGUAUGAAACCCGAACUCUAGACUGCACUUUGAAAAUUUGUUUUUGAUCGAAUUACGCGUUUGUGUCUGUGCUUUCGGCUCCUUAAACGUUUGACAAAAUGAAUUAUUCUGCUGCUAAUAAAUAAAUUAUGAAACACUUAUGAAGCAACAGCAGCAACAACAACAACAUCAACUACAACAACAGCCAUUUAAUAUUCAGCCAAAAUGUUUGUCUAAAAGUUCAUGUCAAAGCCAAAUUACAAAGCUGCCGCGGGCUGCCAAAUGUGUUUAAUUGAAAAUCAGUGAUGAAGUCUACUUCGCUUUAACUGUAACUUUGAGCACACACAGAGCUCAGCGAAGUAGAGGCAGCAGCAGGGGGAGGUGAACAAUAUUACAAGGGAGCAACCACAUAACAACAGGAAGAGAACGUGAACGUGGACAAGGACAACGCUGCGUGGCAGUGUUAGCAGGAUGUCAAAAUGCCAUCGGCAGAUCAAAUCUUGUUCAUAAAUGUCACCACAACGGUGGCCGCGGCUGCGUUGACAGCUGCCGCAGCCGUCAACAGCACGCCAGAGGCAUCCACAGCAGCAGCAGCACCCGUCACAAGCAGCGGGCGGAGUUCAGCCAACGUAGAGACAGCAGCAGCAACAGCAGCAGCAGUGGCAUCCACAACAACAGCAGCGCUGGCGGCCAAUCUGUCCGGUUCGCUGGUGGACAGCUUAACGACAACGGCAGCAGCAACUGCAACGGCAACUGCAACAGCAACAGCCAUUGUCGAGUCAACGCAUGAUUGCGGCGCUCUGGCCGUAGAGGAGCUGCAUGGCAGCUUCCUCGGCCUGCAGCUGGCCGUGCCCGAGUGGGAGGCGCUGCUCACAGCGCUCGUGCUCUCGAUUAUCAUAGUGCUAACGAUCAUCGGCAACAUUCUGGUCAUACUCAGCGUCUUCACCUAUAAGCCACUGCGCAUAGUACAGAACUUUUUCAUCGUCUCGCUGGCCGUGGCCGACUUGACGGUCGCGCUGCUCGUGCUGCCCUUCAAUGUGGCCUAUUCGAUACUGGGGCGCUGGGAGUUCGGCAUACACCUGUGCAAGCUGUGGCUCACCUGCGAUGUCCUGUGCUGCACUUCGUCCAUCUUGAAUCUGUGCGCAAUCGCACUGGAUCGCUAUUGGGCUAUCACAGAUCCCAUCAACUAUGCCCAGAAGCGCACCGUGGGUCGUGUGCUGCUCCUCAUCUCUGGCGUCUGGCUGCUAUCGCUGUUGAUUAGCAGCCCGCCGCUGAUUGGCUGGAAUGAUUGGCCCGAUGAGUUCACCAGCGCCACGCCCUGUGAGCUGACCUCACAGCGUGGCUAUGUCAUCUACUCGUCGCUGGGCUCCUUCUUUAUACCGCUGAUCAUCAUGACCAUUGUCUACAUCGAGAUCUUUGUGGCAACGCGACGUCGUCUGCGUGAGCGUGCCAAGGCUAACAAACUGAAUACGAUUGCAUUGAAGAGCACCGACCUGGAGGCCAUCAACGCCAGCAAUGUGGCUGUGGGUGGCAGCUCGACCAGCUCCAAGGCGCGCGCUCUGGGCAGCCUCUGCGGCAGUUGGCUCUGCUGUGGCCGGGAUCGAGCCAACUUUGCCACGCCCAUGAUACACAACGAUCAGGAGAGCCUCAGCAGCGAGACGCACGUUCAACCAGAGGGCAACAAUGAGCCGCAGCAACAGCAGCAGCAGCAACACGUCGUGGUGCUGGUCAAAAAGUCGCGACGCGCCAAGAUCAAGGACUCCAUCAAGCAUGGCAAGGCACGCAGCAACCGACGCUCGCAGUCGUCGUCUUCGGCCUGUGAGCCGCACGGCGAGCAACAGUUGCUGCCACAGGCCAAUAGCAACAAUGCAGCAGGCAAAUCGGAUCCGGAAAUAAGCACAGAGAGCGGCAGUGAUCCCAAGGGCUGCAUACAGGUGUGCGUCACACAAACUGAGGAGCAAACCUCGCUGAAGCUUACGCCCCCACAGUCCUCGACGACAGGUGCGGCUGCUGCCAGCGCACUGCAGAAGAAGCCGAGCACUGUGAACCAGUUCAUCGAGGAGAAGCAGAAGAUUUCGUUGUCCAAGGAGCGAAGGGCUGCCCGCACGCUGGGCAUCAUCAUGGGCGUCUUUGUCAUCUGCUGGCUGCCCUUCUUCCUCAUGUAUGUGAUUUUGCCCUUCUGCCAGAGCUGCUGUCCCACAAACAAGUUCAAGAACUUCAUCACCUGGCUGGGCUAUAUCAACUCCGGCCUCAAUCCGGUCAUCUAUACGAUUUUCAAUUUGGACUAUAGGCGCGCGUUCAAAAGACUACUGGGCAUCAAGUGAUAUGACAGUGCGGGCCGGGCGCAGGGGCGUGGCAAGCGGGCGAGCGUCAGUCAAAGUUUGUGCCAAAAAUUAAUAUGAUUCGCUAAUUUGUGGAAACACCUG